AGACGGAGAAGGAAACCUUUUGGUCUUUGUCGCUUUCCGUUAUACCCGGAAGUGUUUGUGUCAGUGUUGUUAACUGCGCACUAAACGACAAGUGUCAGUGGGUUUUUGCCGUGUAGCAGUCGUGUUGCGUAUGAAGAUAUUUUCUGUUGGAAGUGGACUAGCUUAACAGGUCAAAAAUGUCCGGGGGGACACAUCUGGAAAACGCAAACCCUGUGAUUUUUCAGCGGACCGGGGAGAGGUUGCAGACAGCGACUGAAGAGGAUGAGGAUUUCCACGACCCCAUAGAUGACAGAGAAAUUUUCGAUAUCCUGUUUACACUGGUUUUACCCCCGACAGAUAUCUAUGCUUUAACUCUUGACUGUUUUUUUUAACUUAUGCUAGGACUCAAAUCCUUUUUCUUUAACUGCAAAAUCUUUUGAGUCACACGUAAGAUGUGCAAUAACAGGCGUACAAAAUAUAGCAUUUUGUGAUAUUUAAGCUUUUUUGUUACACUUACAGAUGGAAAAUAAGUUUACACAUGUGAACGGAUAGUUGACCCGAAUACCGAUAUCGAUUCUCAGUCUUUCUGACUAUAGGGCAGACAAAGGGUAAGUUGAGCCACCCCCUGUUGCUUGGAAAUGAUAAAAGAAAUUGAUCAUGUACCCAAAUAUUUAGGAGAUGGGCAUCAAUUCAUGGAGUCUGUGAAGGUUAGAAGCACAUGGGUGAAGGGGUUAGACAUUUAUUUACAAUAAAAAAAUAUUUUUCACUAUUGAAAGUGAAUUUAGUCUGUCGUAAGUUUUAUAAAAAUUGUGUUCAGACCAGAAAAGAUCAUUUUAAAUUUGUUUUAUACAACAAUUGUGGUAUCUAUGAGCUACGACAUGAGGUCAAAAACCGAGCAUAAAAGUCCACCAUUUUAGCUUAGAGGACUAAUGAAGUCACAACAGUAGUUCUGGGGUAAGUUUAACCAUUUGGAUCAAAUAAGAAAGUAAAGGAGUCUGAUGAGAGGAUCAGAGUUUCAGUUCAGAUUGUUGAAAUGUGUUACUUUUCCUUUUCUAAAAUACAGCUGUGAAUGUUCUGAAUCACUUGAAGGCAUUCUCAUGUUAAAAUGGAUUUUUACAAAACAGAUUUUUUAGCAGUUAUAUGCAAUACUAAAAAGAGUUAUUGUACCAGUUGAAUAGUGUAUAAUAGAUAAAAAUACACAUGAAUGUGAAGAAGUGACUGUUAUUAAGGGAGAGAGAAGGUGAGGGAGGGCUGGGGUGGAGAAUGGAGUGGCAGUAGGGAUAUGGCUCAACUUACCCCAUACACGGGGCAAGUUGACCAUAGGAGACAACUUUGUUUUUGGCAUGCUAUAUUAUCAAGACAGAUAUGUUUACACUCAUUCUGUUGGUUUGCAGGGAUGCACAACAUCUUGAAAUAUAUGCAGAUAUACUAGUUAGAGACAAAAUUAUGAUUGUCUUGAUGUAGUGAUCGGAAAUAUGAAAAAUGGCUCAUCUUACCCCACUCUCCCCUAUCUUUGUUGUUUGAACAUUUUCAAGAGUUGAAGGUCUGACCUCUUGUCUGCACUGAACUGAAAAGCCUUAUCCGCUAUUUGGAAAAAUGUGACAGUUUGAAAAAUUGUCCAAACUUGAGAUAUAAUCAAGAUACUGUAAAAAUGAUUGACUAGCCAACCAGAAGAUGACUUUUAAAGCAUAAAUCUAUAUUCACAUUCAUUAAGUUAAAACGAAGAAAUUGUACAUGUUUUAUACAUCUUUAACUGAAAUUACAUAUGAUCAGAUCCAUCAACGACCCGGAGCAUCCUCUCUCUUUAGAAGAACUCAAUGUCGUGGAGCAAAUCAGAGUCAAGGUUUGCAGCCUUCAAACAUUUUUUUUCUUCUCUUUAUAUAUGGAGUUUAUUGCAUUUUGUGUGUGUAGAUGUUUAUGAUUAAGCCAGUUUAUCUUUUUUUGUCCUCAGGUAAAUGAUGCAGAGAGCAUUGUGGGCAUCGAGUUUACACCAACCAUUCCCCACUGCAGUAUGGCCACACUCAUCGGUCUGUCGAUUAAAGUCAAGCUGCUACGCUCCCUGCCAAACAGGUUUAAAGUAGGUACUGGAGUGGGGGGUUUCACACUACCAUCACUUCAUUUAUUAUUGGGAAUUAGCCAAAGGGUUGAUAUACCACAUAAGGCUGGAUUUCCUUGUCUGAAAAUUUGUAUACAGCUCAUGUCUUAAUGCAUUAUUUUGGGUUUGUUUCCAUUCAGAUUGAUGUUCAUAUCACUCCUGGGACACACGCCUCAGAGGAUGCAGGUAGGAACUACUGAUCACAGACUACAGGCCUGAUGGGACAUAUGUGCACUCUCUCAAACUAUUGAAAAUGUUGCUGUUAGUUGUUGAACUUGAUAAUCAAUAUUUCUGUCCUUUGUUGUUGCUUGUGCAGUAAACAAACAACUGGCAGACAAAGAGAGAGUGGCUGCAGCUCUGGAGAAUUCCUCGCUGUUGGAGGUGGUUAACCAGUGCCUGUCCACCAAGAGCAGCUGAGUCGCCUAUCAGCUUUGUCGCUUUCUGCAGAAGUCUCUGAUUAGCCGGUUACAUUUGGCUCUGUCAAGCUCUCUAUUAGAUAUCAGCAUUCCAGAUGUGGGCACUUGCAACUAGGGGAUAGUGAUGCAGCAACAGUGUUGUUCACAUGCAAGCAUGAUAAUGGGAGAAUAUAAAGAAAACAAAUAUGAGUUUGUUCACACAAGGAGAGUAACACACACAGUUACUGAUUAAACAGAAUAGUUUUGUCAAACAAUAAGAAAUGUUCUGCUAUUGAUGAACUUUUGGUGAAAGGGAUGAAAAUGUCUGCCUUUUAGAUUAUUCAGUAUUAUUUUUUAAAUUUAAAAUCUUAGAUAAUAAAUCAUUUUAAGACAGACAUAUUCAAGGUUUACAUCUGCUGAGUCUGCGGCAACAGCUCUGCUUUGUAUUUGAUAUUGAUGCUUUGACAUAACUUGAAAUUAUUCAACUAAAUAAAAAAAUGAAGAGAAAAUGUGUGUGUGUU